AUGGACAGGGCGUACACAAAUUGGCAGGAGGGUCACGAUCUCUCGCCUCAGCAGACCACUGGUCACGACGGCGCUCUAGUAGAUGAAGAAGCUGCCAACGAGGUUGAAGGCCAAGCCGGUGCUACACUUGGCCAUAGAUGGGGCAAACGCAGUCGCAGACACGGUUGCAGGCGUGGCAAGAACAGGAACCAGCAAGAACCAAUUCCUGCUGGUUCUGGGCAAGAUCAGAUACAGGGAACUGCCGAGUCAUCGCCCAUGACUGCAAUCAAGCGCGAGGCUUCCACAGUCCACUUCUGGACUAACGCGACACCUGCGACACUGUUUGGCUUCUCCUCCAACGCCGAAAUUCUCGCAACCAAUAUUGCCAAUGAAACGCGAAAUCGGUCCACCGCUGAACCUCUGUUCCAGACUGACCACUAUCAAGAGGUAUAUCGUCCAGUAGAAGAAGGUGAAAGUCCAUUCGAUCCCGAUAUGUCUUACCUACGGGCUACAGCGAUACUGGGUGGGUUUGUUGGAAGGCGUGGUGAUGUCGGCAAGAAGAGAAAAAAUUGGGUUAGAGAAAGGUACAUUUUUGCGAAAGAAGAUGAAGAGCUGGUUGUGAGCGGAGAGAAAGGAAGGGACAAGGUCAAUAACAACCCGACAAGUGACCAAAUUGGGGAUCAAAAAGAGCUUACUUCCAACGGGAUGAAGAAGUGGGAGUGGUACGGCAAAAAGCUUCGAAAAGACGCUGCUAGAGACGCAAAGAAGGCUGCAAAAAGGGAAGCUAUUGGAAGAGGCGGAGUGUCUUCCCGCUACGGUAACCUUGUCGCUAAUGGCCGCAACAAGAAACCUCUUCGCGAAAUUGAAGCUGGCAGUGCUCGAUACGACCACGGCGGCUUUCAGGAUACCGAUGAUUACUACGCCGAGCCGGCUCCUGACCUUAAGAACUUUAGUCUUGAUGCCAGGUUUUUUGAGCCUGGAGUUGAACCUGGUGAUGACUAG